AUCCACUCCCUCCCUCUCCCUCCACUCAUUUCCGCUCUCUUUUCCUCCAUACCAUAAGCCACUAAGCAAGAAAAAGAUAAGACAUUCACAAAAAUAGCUACAGAAACCAAAAACAAGAUAGCCAGAAUUCUCUUUUCUCUUCUCUUUUGAUCUCUGGCUAGAGCUGCGGGAAAUUCGCUGCCAACAUGUCUUGCUCAAAUUUGACAAUGUGGGUGUCCUCAAAGCCAUCCCUUUCUGACACUUCUUCACUCUCUUUUUGCUCUUCUCUCAACCCUUUUCAGCUUCCUACUCACAGCUCAGGCAGCAACAGCCCUUCAAGAUCCUCUUCUGCCACCCCAAUUCACUGCAAUCUCCGCGAUCUUCGAACUCGUAUAGAUUCUGUGAAGAACACACAGAAGAUCACCGAGGCCAUGAAGUUGGUUGCUGCAGCUAAAGUUAGGAGAGCACAGGAAGCUGUUGUCAAUGGUAGGCCUUUCUCUGAAACUCUAGUAGAAGUUCUUUAUAACAUAAAUGAACAGCUGCAAACCGAGGACAUAGAUGUUCCUCUCACUAAAAAUAGGCCUGUCAAGAAAGUUGCUUUAGUUGUUGUUACUGGCGAUAGAGGUCUUUGUGGAGGUUUUAACAAUAAUAUUAUCAAGAAAGCUGAAUCAAGAAUUGCAGAAUUGAAAGAUCUUGGAGUUGAUUAUACUAUCAUUAGCGUUGGGAAAAAGGGCAACUCUUAUUUCAUAAGGCGGCCUUACAUUCCAGUUGAUAGAUUUCUUGAAGGAACUAAUCUUCCUACAGCUAAAGAGGCUCAAGCAAUUGCAGAUGAUGUAUUUUCACUCUUUGUCAGUGAAGAAGUUGACAAGGUUGAGCUUCUAUAUACAAAAUUUGUGUCACUAGUUAAGUCCGAUCCGGUCAUUCACACCUUGCUUCCACUCUCACCAGAGGGAGAGAUUUGUGAUAUUAAUGGAAACUGUGUAGAUGCUGCUGAGGAUGAGUUCUUCAGGUUGACAACAAAAGAAGGGAAGUUAACCGUAGAAAGAGAUGUGGUUAGGACUCAAACCGUAGAUUUCUCACCAAUUUUGCAGUUUGAGCAGGACCCAGUUCAGAUACUUGAUGCCUUGCUACCUCUAUACUUGAACAGUCAGAUUUUGAAGGCAUUGCAGGAAUCACUAGCCAGUGAGCUUGCUGCUAGGAUGAGUGCUAUGAGCAAUGCAAGUGAUAAUGCAGCAGAAUUGAAGAAGACUCUUUCGAUUGUUUACAAUAGGGCGCGCCAGGCAAAGAUUACAGGAGAGAUACUGGAGAUUGUUGCAGGUGCUAAUGCUUUAGGCUAAGUCAUUUCUGCUUCUACAUGGGCGUCCUCUUAUUCAUUCAAAAUAUGCUUAUUUAAUAACAAUUAUGAGAUAGGAAAUUUUUAUUUUUUUUUCCCCUUCAUCCAUUCGAAUUCUGGGAUUGCUUAUAAGACUGUGUGCACAUUAAGCAGUGUAUUUUGGAACAAGCCACCAUUCUGCUUAUCUUUGUAUCUCGACCUUUUUUUUCUUGUAUCCAUACUACUACUUAUAUUGCCUGAAGUUUUCACUUUCAGGGUGUUUAAAUGUUACUGCUCUAUGUUGAACUAAA